CGCCCGUUGUUGUACCAGUUCCUUUAAGGACGUGCAAGUUUUGUAGUUCCUGUGUUGUUGACCUGUCAGCCUUGUAGUAUAGGCUGUCACUGCUGAGAAUUUGUCUGUCCUUCUGGUUGAUGCGGUAUUUUGACAGCGACACAGAAAAUACUGGGACGUUGGACGCACAGGAUUGUUCAUCUUUACCGUUGUCACUUGUGCUAGCGAACUAGCGAGCUAACGGCUAAAGUUAGCUAAUAGGCGGCCAACUUUAAAAGGUAGAUUGGUAACUAGCAACUGAGGGUGGCUAGCAGCGUUAGCUAGCUUUCUUGCUUUCAGCCAGCUAGCCUGCUGGCACUGCGAGGGUAGCAAGCCGCCCACUCGUGCAAGGCAGCAUUCCGAAAAAAAAACAAAACAGCGAAAGAUGGAGGCCCAAAGCUCCAGCACACUGCUGCUGUCAAGAAAGAGAAGAAGAGAUGGCUCCAAUGGGGAGGCCGAGGAGGGUGAACGGUUUGGGAAAAUCCCCAGGUGUACUGUGGGGCUCAGGCACCCUGUACCCUUUGCAGAUGAGCUAGAGCCAGCUGAUAGUAAAGCUUACAAAAGAGUCAGCAUGGAAGAGGCCAAGAGGGGAACACCACCUGAAAGACCUGUGAGGGUCUAUGCAGAUGGCAUCUUUGAUCUUUUCCACUCAGGUCACGCCAGAGCCCUCAUGCAGGCUAAAUGCCUCUUCCCAAAUACACAUCUCAUUGUUGGAGUGUGCAGCGAUGACCUGACUCACAAGUACAAGGGCUUCACAGUGAUGAACGAGGAUGAGCGAUAUGAUGCUAUCAGACAUUGCCGCUAUGUCGAUGAAGUAGUGCGAAACGCCCCCUGGACGUUAACGCCAGAGUUUCUUGCAAAACAUCGUAUUGACUUCGUGGCCCACGACGACAUCCCAUACUCCUCAGCGGGCAGUGAUGAUGUUUACAAGCACAUUAAAGAAGCUGGUAUGUUUGCACCCACCCAGCGGACAGAGGGCAUCUCCACCUCUGACAUCAUCACUCGCAUAGUCCGCGACUAUGAUGUAUAUGUCAGGCGCAAUCUGCAGCGAGGGUACACAGCCAAGGAGCUCAACGUCAGCUUCAUCAAUGAGAAGAAGUACCAUCUCCAGGAACGCGUGGACAAGGUGAAGAAGAAGGUGCGUGACGUAGAGGAGAAGAGCAAGGAGUUUGUCCAGAAGGUGGAGGAGAAGAGCAUCGACCUGAUUCAGAAAUGGGAAGAGAAGUCCAGGGAGUUUAUUGGAAACUUCCUGCAGAUGUUUGGCCCUGAGGGAGCCUUGAAACACAUGCUUAAGGAAGGACGUGGCCGCAUGUUGCAGGCCAUCAGUCCCAGACAAAGCCCCAGCAGCAGCCCCACCCGCGAGGAGCGCUCUCCCUCUCCCACCUUCCGUCUCCCCUUCUUCUCCAAGACCUCCCCGCCCCCCUCACCUCCCCAUCACAGUGGGGCCCGCGGAUACCUCAUCAGCGAGGACGACGACGACGAAGACGACGAGAACUAGACUUCGUUCGCGCUCUCCGCUGUCAGGUCGCAGUCAGCUCUGCUAAACUGGUAGCACUGUCGAGUAGCGUGAAUUUCAUUGAGCUCCUGCUUUAAAUGUCUUUUUGUUUUAUGGUUUUACUUUGACCUUUAGGACUUCACUGUCAUUAAAACAGCCAGGUUUUUGUUUUUUUUUUAAACGGCCAAUUUUAUCCUAUUUGUUCCUGUGUAAGGAUCAGUUAAAAUUAUGGCUGUAGUCACUUGAGUUCUUUACAGGUAAGUUUCAUUUAUCUUUCACUUUGUUUGCGUUGGGGGUUUUUUUUGUGUUGUUUUUUAGUCACUCACUGUCACAGAUAUUUCACACGGUGCACUCGUCUACCACGGUAUUAUUAAGGUUAGCAUUGUAUUGCAUUAGGAGUGGGUCCCCCCGCCAUGGCUUUGACACCAAAUUCGGUGUCGGAAAGGUCAGCCGAGGAAUCACGAAGACACUGUUGGGUAUCUCGGGCUGCAGGUUGUCAGAGCAGGUCAAUUAAUUGAAGUUUUACGUGCCCUGGCUCAUGCAACGGGGCAAUUUAUAUUCUGCUCAUACUAACAAAACAAAGACCUGGCUCUUUUUUAUUUCUCAUUGUUAAAAUAACCAGGAAACUCCAGAUCCUGUGUGAGCUGAAUCUGAGAGUACACUUGUUCUACUAAACAGCAGCGUUUUUCCAAUGUGUGUGUGUGUGUGUGUGUGUGUGUGUGUGUGUUUGCGCCUGCCUGCCUGCAAUUGGGCCUGUUUUUGUCAGUGUAUGCGCAUGUUCGUGUGUCAAAGCUCUUAAAUUGGCAUGUUUGAAAGUGUUCUGUCAAUAUUUGCCACCUGUUUACAGAUCUGGUGUAAGCUACGACUUUAAUGCAUAUAGUAAUAAAUUUGCUUUUAAAUCGUGUCUGCAGACGGGAAAUCGGUCUUUGAAAGACUAGUUUGGGACUAGACGCCUUUCAGUGGCGUAAACAGAGGAACAGCAACAGUUUAGAUGUUGAUGUAGAUACUUAAAUGCUUAUUUUUGUAGAUUUUGUUUUUCACCUGUGCUGCUUCAUUUUGAGCAGAUAAUCAACAUGAGCAGCGGUGGAAAAAGUAAAAUACACAACAGUCUGGUUGCCCAUCUUUACAAAUAAGUAUUCAUAAGCACAAAACAGGUUUCUUUGCUGAAUAAAGCCUCCUAAUGGGAAGCACACUAACACAGCAAAUCAUAAAAACUUAAGACAGGACUUCCACUUUCUGAGCUGGGCUUGUGUGCACCACACUUAUGUAGCUACCUCCCUGAACUGAUUGUUUCCGAAGACGAGCACAAAGUAUGGGCAUAAGGUUUCCUUUCUAAACAGAGCCAUUGUCCCUGCACUGAAGCAAUGUGACUUGCUCAAAUAUUUAAGUCCAGCCUCUGUGUGUGUUAUGUCCUGUAUCUUUGGGGAUAAAUCGUGUUUUUUUUUUUUUUUUUUUUCCUCCCCUCUGUAACUGUGACUGAAACAUCACAGGAUAUCUGAAGAUGUAACGCAAUACUGUUGACGCUAAUAUAAAUGUUGACAGAUGUAGAUUGAUAUGCUCUAGGCUUGUUGUGGGUGAAAUCUUAAUUGGAACUUGAGUACUCACCCUGCAUUAUUCCUUGAGGAAAUCCAGCCUAGUCUUUGGUGCUGAGCUAGUUUUGGGAAGCCUCGCUUUGUUUCUUCUGGAAGCUUUUCCAUUAAAAAAAAUAAAAUCAGUGAACUUCUCAUUAAGAGCAAAUCCACCUACAAGGUGGUGGAGGCUCGAGUGGCAAGCCAAGCCAAUAAUAGCCACUAUUAAUAAGAGGCAUGUAAAUGUUUUAACAGGAAGUGUUUUUAAUAGUGUUAUUUUGCUGUUUGGGGCAAUUUUGUUUUAUGUCCUGUAUGUAGAGAAAGAGCAAGGCAGUAAAAAUGUAUUAAAAUUGUUGGCCAAAGCA